AUGACAAUACCACAAGUCUUACUGAUGCUGCUACUCUGGGUAUGCCUACUACACCCCUGUUUGACAACAAUGGUAUUCACCAGGACUACAGACCAUCAGCCUCAAAAUUUUGUGGCCCAGGGAACAGGGAAUGACGGAAAAGCUCUGCACCGCCAGAAACGAGGCUGGAUGUGGAACCAAUUCUUCUUGUUGGAGGAAUAUACUGGAUCAGAUUACCAAUAUGUUGGCAAGCUUCACUCUGACCAGGACAAAGGAGAUGGGUCCCUCAAGUACAUUUUGUCAGGAGAUGGGGCUGGUACUCUCUUUGUAAUUGAUGAGAGAACAGGUGACAUUCAUGCCACAAGAAGAAUUGACCGAGAAGAGAAAGCUUUCUACACCCUACGUGCCCAAGCUAUUAACAGAAGAACACUCCGACCUGUGGAGCCUGAAUCAGAGUUUGUCAUCAAAAUCCAUGACAUCAAUGACAACGAACCCACAUUUCCAGAAGAAGUUUAUAUCGCAACUGUUCCUGAAAUGUCAGUGGUUGGUACAUCAGUCGUGCAAGUUACAGCCACAGAUGCAGAUGACCCUUCCUAUGGAAACAGUGCCAGAAUUAUCUACAGCAUACUCCAAGGCCAACCAUAUUUCUCUGUGGAGCCAGAAACAGGCAUUAUCAGAACAGCGCUACCAAACAUGAACCGGGAAAACCGAGAGCAGUACCAAGUUGUUAUCCAAGCAAAAGAUAUGGGAGGCCAGAUGGGUGGAUUAUCAGGGACCACAACGGUGAACAUCACCCUGACUGAUGUCAACGACAAUCCGCCUCGAUUCCCCCAGACUGUGAAAAUAUCUGUAGAGGAUGUGGAUGAACCUCCCAUAUUCAGCAGAUCCUCAUACCUUUUUGAGAUUCAUGAAGAUAUCGAGGUGGGAACAAUUAUAGGUACUGUGAUGGCCCAUGAUCCAGAUUCUGCUGCAGGACCUAUCAGGUUUUCUUUGGACCGUCACACUGACCUUGACAGAAUCUUCAACAUACAUUCUGGAAAUGGAUCUAUUUAUACUUCCAAAAUGCUAGACCGGGAAAUAUCUCAGUGGCAUAAUCUUAGUGUGAUAGCAGCUGAGAUCAACAACCCCAAAGAGAUGACUCGUGUUUCCGUUUAUGUCCGAAUCUUGGAUGUGAACGACAAUGCGCCACAGUUUGCAGUGUUCUAUGAUACAUUUGUGUGUGAAAAUGCAAGAGCUGGCCAACUAAUACAAACCAUAAGUGCAGUUGAUAAAGAUGAUCCCCUUGGAGGACAAAAAUUUUUCUUCAGCUUAGCUGCUGUUAACCCAAACUUCACAGUCCAGGACAAUGAAGACAACACCGCUCGGAUUCUGACGAGAAGGAAUGGCUUUAGUCGACAUGAAAUAAGUACCUAUCUUCUACCGGUGGUAAUAUCAGACAACGACUACCCCAUCCAAAGUAGCACAGGGACACUGACGAUCAGGGUGUGUGCUUGUGACAGCCGGGGGAACAUGCAGUCCUGCAACGCUGAAGCCUUACUCCUUCCAGCAGGACUCAGCACAGGGGCACUCAUUGCCAUUCUGCUCUGCAUCAUCAUUCUGCUAGUUAUAGUGGUAUUAUUUGCUGCUCUAAAGAGGCAGCGAAAGAAAGAGCCUCUGAUCUUGUCUAAAGAGGACAUCAGAGACAACAUUGUGAGUUAUAAUGAUGAAGGUGGUGGAGAGGAAGACACACAGGCCUUUGAUAUCGGCACGCUGAGGAACCCUGCAGCUAUUGAAGAUAAAAAGCUCCGCCGAGAUAUUAUACCAGAAACAUUAUUUGUACCACGGAGGACUCCUCGUGCUCCAGAUAAUACAGAUGUCCGAGACUUCAUUAACCAAAGGUUAAAAGAGCACGAUAAUGACCCCUCUGCACCACCAUAUGACUCUCUGGCAACCUACGCCUAUGAAGGAAAUGAUUCUAUAGCCGAAUCUCUGAGUUCUUUAGAGUCUGGCACUACUGAGGGGGACCAAAACUAUGAUUACCUCAAGGAAUGGGGUCCUCGGUUUAAUAAGCUUGCCGAGAUGUAUGGUGGAGGUGAAAGUGAUAAAGACGCUUCCUAACCUACAGUAGAAAAUGCAUUUUUUGUUUAUUUGAGAGGAAGUAACUUUACAGACACCUUCUCCACAUGACAAUAUUUGAUGUUCAGGAACAUUCUCCUGCCACUCCGCACAAUGGGUUUUUUCUUCUCCUUCUUCGUCUUUGUUUUGUUUUUG